CUCCAGCUCAUCAUCCUCACGGGCCUGCCGACGUCGGGCAAGUCGACGCGGGCGAAGCAACUACAUGACUACCUCACCGCGCGCAUCGCCGGGACAAAGUACCGGCUGCACCUGAUAUCAGACGACUCCCUCUCAAUAUCGCGAUCCGUCUACGACCUCUCCACAGUGCCGGUGCACACGCGAUCGGCGAACGCGAGCGAAAAAGAUGCCCGGGCCGCCAUCUACGGCGCUGUCAAGAGGGUGCUGAGCGACAAGGACAUUGUCAUUCUCGAUGGCCUCAACUACAUCAAGGGCUGGCGGUACCAGCUGCACUGCGAGGCAAAGGCCGUUCGGACGCCGAGCUGCAUAUUGCAGAUUGGGUGCACAAAGGAGCGCGCGCAGCAGGGCGCUGAUGAUGCAUCGGGCGACACUGCGGAGCCGUACGAGCCCGCGAACUGGGAGAACCUCGUCUUUCGGCACGAGGAGCCUAAUCCCAUGACCCGCUGGGACAGCCCGCUGUUCACAAUUAUAUGGGAGGACGACGAGGAGCAGGUGAAGAGGACGUUUGACUCGCUCUGGGAAGCCAUCGCCGGGGAUGGUCGCAAAAUCAUCAAGCCGAACCAGGCUACGGAGCAGCGAGGGCGCGAUGCAAGUGGCGAUUACCUGUACGUGCUAGACCGCGAGACGCAGGAUAUCGUGAAGCGAAUCCUGGAUCAGCAGGGCGACAAUGGCGGCGGCGAGGUCAAGGUGCCUCUUAGCAGUGGUGGCAAGAAGGAGCUCGUCGUCGAGCUGCCGGCGACGAGAAAGACUGGGCUGCCGGAGCUGCAGAGGCAUAGGAGGGCUUUCAUGGCGCUCAACAGGGGUGGAAUUGGGUUGGAAAAGGUGACGAACAUGGCUGCCGAUACGUUGAGGGAGUCGUUUGUCAACUACCUCAACAAUGCAUUUGAG